AUGAACUUGCAUGCAAAUUUCCAAGCAUAGAUUAAUUACUAUAUAAGUCCAUCUUCAAUAUACUUCUCCAGAACAGAAAAAUCUCCCUUCUACCUAUGCCUUUCAUUGCCAUGUCCAUUUACUAUUACGCCUUCCUCUUCCUCUUUCCCCUACUUUCCACAUUUUUACUUUGUUUUCUCAUUAAAAAACACACAAACCGUAACGACAAAGUCCGACCACCGCCAAGCCCGCCGGCUCUACCCAUUCUCGGCCACCUACAUCUCCUCGGCACUGCAUUUCCAAAUUCUUUCCAAACGCUAGCCCGCCGCUAUGGCCCUCUUAUGCAGUUACGUAUUGGCUUUUCAACUUUUGUUGUUGCUUCAAGUGCAGCCAUUGCUAAAGAAAUCUUCAAGACCCAUGACCUUACUUUUUCUUCCAGGUUUGAAAUGGGUCCAACGGAUUACAAUAUAUAUAAAGGAACUGGAUUCAUUACAGGUCCAUACGGUGCAUAUUGGAAGUUCAUGAGAAAGCUCUGCAUUACCGAGCUUUUCGCUGGAGCUCAAUUUGAUCGGUUCAAAGAUAUAAGAGAGCAAGAGACGAUAAAUCUCUUAAAAUCGAUAAAUGAAUCGGCCAUUGAAGGAAAUCCCUGCGAUUUGAAUGUGGAAUUAGAGAAUUUUACUAAUAAUAUAAUAUGUAAAAUGACAAUGGGCAAGAAAUUCAAGAAUAUUAAUGGUGAUGGUGAAGCUAAGAAGAUGAGAAAGUUGGUUACCGAAAUUAUGGACAGCGGAGCCAAGUUAAGUGGUAACGAAGUGUUUGGAGUUCUGAAGAAAAUUGAUAUUUUUGGACAUGGAAGAAAGCUUAAAGAGGCACUUUGGGAGUAUGAUAAGGUAAUUGAGGAGAUUAUGAAGGAAUAUGAAGAACAUUUAGGGAAUAUUGGAGAAGAUGAAGAGAAAGAUGUAAUGGAUAUUUUGUUGAUGACUUACAGGGAUAUAAAUGCUGAAGUGAAGUUAACAAGAUGUCAAAUCAAGCAUUUCAUUCUGGAGCUAUUUAUGGCAAGCAUUGACACUGAGUCAGCAGCAAUACAAUGGGCCAUGGCAGAGUUAAUAAACCAUCCAAAGGUUUUCAAGAAGCUAAGAGAUGAGAUGGAGUCAACUGAGAGUGCAAACAAGAGACUAGUCAACGAAUCAGACGUCCCAAACCUUCCCUACUUACAAGCCAUAGUUAAAGAAUCCCUAAGGCUACACACUCCAUCACCAAUCAUAUUUAGAGAAAGCACCAAGGCUUGCAAGAUCAACGGCUAUGAUAUAGAGUCAAAGACUAAACUUUUGAUCAAUGCCUAUGCUAUAAUGAGAGAUCCUGAGACGUGGCACGAUCCUGAUAAGUACAAGCCUGAAAGGUUUUUGGUGAAGUCAACAGGAGAGUUUGACCAAUUUGAGAUGGAAAUGAAAAGGCAUAAUUUUAGUUAUCUUCCAUAUGGAGGAGGAAGGAGAAUGUGCCCUGGUUCAGCUUACGCUUAUACACUUUUGUACGCAACCAUUGGAGCUUUGGUUCAAUGCUUUGAUUGGAAAGUUAAGGAUGGGGAAAAGAUUGAUAUAAAUGUUUCUACAGGCUAUUCAGGAGCUAUGGCUCCUUCUCUAUUAUGUUACCCAAUCACACAUUUUAAUCCUUUCUAGA